AUGGGAAGUUUAGUGCCGCGGAACUUCCGGCUCCUGGAGGAGUUGGAGAAGGGGGAGAAGGGCCUAGGCGAUGGCACCGUGAGCUAUGGCAUGGACACCUCGGAUGACAUCAUGAUGCGCAGCUGGACGGGCACCAUCAUUGGUCCACCCAGCACGGUGCACGACGGGCGAAUAUACACAUUGAAGAUCUACUGCGACGAAAGCUAUCCCGACAGGCCUCCCAAAGUGCGCUUCGAGACGAGGGUGAACAUGACGUGUGUGGGCCCCACGGGGGAGGUCGACCCGCGCGGCUUCUCGGUGCUGGCGCGCUGGAACCGGGGCUACACCAUGGAGACGGUGCUGGUGGAGCUGCGACGGGAGAUGGCCUCCUCCUCCAACCGCAAGGCGCCGCAGCCGCCGGAGGGCAGCACGUAUCGCUGA